GAAAAAUAAGAGCAAACACUCAAUGAGUGCAUAUGGUGACGUGAUCAGUUCUCUCCAUGCACCUAGCCGCAAUGAAUUCCUCGGAAGUAUACCAAAAGUUACGUUCCCCGAUCUUUACAGUCGGUUGACAUGUGUACCGAGUUUCGUUGGAUCCACUUGUCGGAGGCCGUUUGACAAUUCUGUGACUGGUACCACCCGCGUGGCGUUCAUGCAUAUGCUGCCCUGCUCUGUAUGCAAAUUGAAAACAUUCCCAAUGUCCACUUUUAACACCUUGCGUUUAAACUCAGAAUGCACUAUUUAACGCGUGACGUGCUCUACUGAAUCGCUUCUUUUUGUCUGAUGACUCCAUCACUUGGUGUCACUGCGGGAGGCGGAACUAAAUGCUUGACGCAGUUAGUGAAGACCAGCAGAUUUCGUCUUCUA